CCCGCCCCUGGGCGGCCCCCUUCUUGUUCCGGAAGCCGGUGCCCGGUUACAGGUGCUAAGAAAUGGCGACCGAUGACUGCGAUGUGGCGAUGGUUUCGGAGUGCGAUGUGAUGUCGGAGGCGGAGGCAGAGAGAAGGGCUGAAUCAUUUAAAGAAAAAGGAAAUGAAUUUUAUGGGAAGAAGGACUACAAUGAAGCAUACAAUCAUUACACAAAGGCAAUAGAUACCUGCCCUAAAAAUGCCAGUUACUAUGGCAAUCGAGCAGCUACUCUUAUGAUGAUGGGUAAAGUCCGGGAGGCCCUUGAAGAUGCACAGCAAGCUGUGAGGUUGGAUGAUACUUUUGUGAAGGGUCACCUGCGAGAGGGGAAAUGUCAUCUUUCCUUAGGGAAUGCAAUGGCUGCUCGCCGGUGUUUUUGUAAAGUUCUGGAACUGGAAAGUGACAACAUUCCGGCACACACUGAGUUGAAGAAUGCAGACGCAGUAUUGGAGUAUGAAAGAAUAGCUGAAAUUGACUUUGGGAAAAGAGAUUUCAGAAAGGUUGUAUAUUGUAUGGAUCGUGCCCUUGAGUUUGCUCCUGUCUGUCACCGCUUCAAAAUCCUUAAAGCUGAAUGUUUGGCAUUACUUGGUCGCUACCCUGAUGCUCAAUCAGUGGCAAGUGAUAUUUUGCGGAUGGAUUCAACUAAUGCAGAUGCUUUGUACGUGAGAGGACUUUGCCUUUACUAUGAGGACUGUAUUGAAAAAGCUGUGCAAUUUUUUGUCCAGGCUUUAAGAAUGGCACCUGAUCAUGUAAAGGCUCGACUUGCAUGCAGGAAUGCUAAAGCAUUGCGAGCAAAGAAGGAAGAAGGGAACAGGGCUUUUAAAGAAGGAUCAUUUGACAAGGCAUUUGAACUUUACACAGAAGCUCUGAAAAUUGAUCCAAAUAACAUCAAAACUAAUGCUAAAUUGUACUGUAAUCGGGGCACAGUAGGCUCCAAGCUCAAUAAGAUGCAGCAAGCAAUAGAAGACUGCACAAAUGCAAUAAAACUUGAUGACACAUAUAUCAAGGCUUACAUGAGACGGGCACAGUGUUAUAUGGAUACAGAACAAUAUGAAGAGGCUGUAAGAGAUUAUGAGAAAAUAUACCAAACAGAAAAAACAAAAGAACAUAAGCAGCUUCUUAAGAAUGCUCAGUUUGAAUUGAAAAAGAGCAAACGAAAAGAUUAUUAUAAAAUUCUUGGUGUUGACAAAACUGCUUCAGAAGAUGAAAUUAAGAAAGCUUAUAGGAAGAGAGCACUAAUGCAUCACCCAGAUAGGCACAGUGGUGCCAGUCCAGAGGUACAGAAAGAAGAAGAAAAGAAAUUCAAAGAAGUAGGAGAAGCAUUUAGUAUUCUGUCAGACCCAAAAAAGAAAGCACGUUACGACAGCGGUCAGGAUUUGGAUGAUGACGGCAUGAAUUCUGGGGACUUUGAUGCUAAUAAUAUUUUCAAGGCAUUUUUCGGUAGCCCAGGUGGAUUUAGUUUUGAAGCAUCUGGUCCUGGGAAUUUUUUCUUCCAGUUUGGCUAAUGCACAACGAUUUGUUUAAUGUCACUGGGUGUAACUCGAGCAAAAAUAAAUAAAUACCCAUGUUUCCCUGUG